AUGUCCACACCUGAGCAACGAUUUUGGUUGGCAGCCUUGCUGUUGCUCUCGAGUCAGCAUUCCGGAGUCCACGGAUUCGGAAUAAAUCUGAUGAAGGUUCCAACGGAGGAUAAGGGACUGGAAGCUUGCACCCUGGCAUUGCUGCGGAAAUAUUUUGAUUCUGGGGAUGGACUCUCCGGCUCAGUACUCUGCUUCAAUCGUAAUUAUCAGUUGCCCAAUAUCGAAGGGCAGUUUCUAAGAGGUAUGAACAAUUAUGAGAAGUAUCCUUGGAGCCUUGUGAUAACCAACUCCAGGGAGGGUCCUUCCACAUCGAAUUUUCUUAUGAACGAGAAGCCACAGUGCUAUUUCCUCAUUGUGGAGAGCCUGGAAGAUGAGGACCUAGAUGAGGUAUUCGAGCACUGGAAAGGCAUGGUCAACUGGAAUCCUCUGGCCCAGUUCGUCGUCUAUUUGGCCAGUUUGGAGGAAACGGACGAGGAGAUGACUGACCUAAUGGUGGAACUUCUUCUGACCUUUAUUAACAAGAGGAUCUUCAAUGUGAAUGUUAUAGGGCAGAGCGAGGAAAACCAAGUUUACUACGGCAAAACCGUAUUUCCCUACCAUCCAGACAAUAAUUGUGGUAAUCGCGUGAUAUCUGUGGAAUUACUGGAUGCCUGCGAUUAUCCGAGUGAAGAAACGGAGAUCGAGGACGAAAAUGAUGGAGAGGAGGGAGAUGGAUACCAGGAGGAGGGAGAUGGAGACCAGGAAAGUGGUGAACAGUUUGAGGAAAGUUCACAGGCUAAUACUAGUCAUGAAGUUAAGGAGAAUAAUAUAAACACGGGAGAAACUGUAACUGUUGAAAAUAUGUCACCAAGCCAAGAGAAUUAUGAUGAAAAUGAUAACGCUGAUGAGUCCCCUAACAAUACAACAGAUGUCGAUGAACUAGAGAAUGAUUUGAGUUUCAAUUUCUCUAAGCCGGCAGCCACUAUUGAGGAAUUUUUUCAGGCGAAGUUCGAGGAUAAAUUCCCCCGCGAUCUCAGUGGAUGUCCUCUCACAGCAUCGUUUCGUCCAUGGGAACCCUAUAUCUUUCGCAACAGCGAGGAGCAGCCCGUUGACUACUACUACGGCUUGCAUGGGGAUGGAGAUGACUACAACGACACAUCUCCAAAUUAUGGGGAAGCGGACGAUGAGAGCUAUGCUGAUCCAGAGGAGGACGGUGAUGGAGCCAUUUUAGGCACUGAAACUGAGUCUGGUGAAAAGUUCAAGUUGAGUGGAAUCGAGUACCAAAUGGUGCAGACCAUCGCCGAACGCCUGCACGUUACCAUCGAAUUGCAGGGCGAAAACAGCAAUUUGUACCACCUUUUCCAGCAACUGAUCGAUGGUGAAAUAGAGAUGCUAAUCGGUGGAAUAGAUGAGGACCCGAGCAUCAGUCAGUUCGUGUCCAGUUCCAUUCCUUAUCACCAGGACGAACUCACAUGGUGUGUGGCCAGGGCAAAGCGCAGACAUGGGUUCUUCAAUUUCGUGGCCACUUUCAAUGCGGAUGCUGGAUUCCUGAUCGGAAUCUUUGUGGUCACAUGCUCUCUGGUGGUUUGGCUGGCUCAACGCGUCUCUGACUUCAAACUGCGAAAUCUCAAUGGAUAUUUCCCCAUCUGCUUGAGGGUGUUGGGAAUCUUGCUUAACCAGGCCAUUCCCGCACAGGAUUUUCCAUUUACUUUAAGGCAAUUGUUUGCGAUUUCUUUUCUAAUGGGCUUUUUCUUUAGCAAUACAUAUCAGAGUUUUCUGAUCAGCACACUGACAACUCCACGUAGUUCCUAUCAGAUCCACACUCUGCAAGAGAUCUAUAGCAAUAAAAUGACCGUGAUGGGCACCUCCGAGAAUGUGAGACACCUGAACAAGGAUGGGGAGAUCUUCAAAUACAUUCGCGAAAAGUUUCAGAUGUGCUACAAUUUAGUGGACUGCCUAAAUGAUGCAGCUCAACACGAACAUAUUGCCGUUGCUGUUUCCAGGCAGCACUCCUUCUACAAUCCUCGAGUCCAACGGGAUCGUCUCUACUGCUUCGAUCGACGAGAAUCCCUGUAUGUCUAUUUGGUUACCAUGCUACUGCCGAAGAAGUACCAUCUCCUGCACCAGAUCAACCCGGUGGUUCAGCAUAUCAUCGAAUCGGGUCAUAUGCAAAAGUGGGCACGCGAUCUGGACAUGCGACGCAUGAUCCACGAGGAGAUAACAAGGGUGCGGGAGGAUCCUUUCAAGGCUCUCACCUUUGAUCAGUUUCGCGGGGCCAUCGCCUUUUCCGGAGGACUUCUGCUGGUUGCUUGCUGCGUCUUUGCCUUUGAGUUGUGCUACUUUAAAUGUGUUUAUCGGUCUAAAAAAAAGGAAAAGAAAAGGAAAAUUUCUCGAAAAAAAGUGCAUAAUAUUAAAGUUGUACAUGAUUAG